CAAGUGCAAUCAGUCUCCAGAGACAACUGCUCUACCCUUCAGUCUCUCUCUCUAUAAAAGUAGACACCUCUAGCCAACCAUUUCUCCCUCCCACCUUUUCACCAUGAAUGACCCUGCAGCCUGCUCAAGUUUCUACUCUCAAUGGUUCCAAUUCAAUCCUCUCCACCAUUUUUCUUCAAACCCUCCACCACCUCCUCCUCCUCCUCUUCCUCCUCCUCAGCCUCCCUAUACCCACAAUUACUUGUACUCAAAUAGCUUCAUCAAUAAUCACAGCACCACCUUUCACUACCAAACCCCACCUCCUUCACCACCUCUCAGAGAAGCCUUGCCCCUCCUUAGCCUAAGCCCAACAAGACAUGAAGAACAAGAGCCCACAGUUACUUGCGGCGAUUCCAUGGAUGUAGAGUACAAGAACAAAGCCAAACAAGAAAUUCAAACCCUCUUCUGCAAUACAACUAGUCCUAAUUUUAAUGGUGAAGAUGAUGAUGAAACUGUUACUGUAGCUCUACAUAUAGGGCUACCAAACCCUAGUGCUGCUGAUCUGGCAUCUAUCCUCUCUUCUUCUUCUUCUACCGAAAUCAACAAUAAAGAAGGAGAAGAUGAUGUUUCUGGGUACCCAUUGAACAGAUUGAACAAGGGUCAGUAUUGGAUUCCAACCCCUUCUCAGAUUCUCAUUGGUCCUACUCAGUUCUCAUGUCCUGUUUGCUUCAAGACCUUCAACAGAUACAACAACAUGCAGAUGCAUAUGUGGGGGCAUGGUUCUCAGUAUAGAAAGGGGCCUGAAUCUCUAAGAGGCAUUCAACCAACAGGGAUGCUGAGACUUCCUUGCUAUUGUUGUGCACCAGGGUGCAGGAACAACAUAGAUCACCCAAGAUCGAAGCCACUCAAAGAUUUCAGAACUCUUCAAACACAUUACAAAAGAAAGCAUGGAAUUAAACCCUUUAUGUGCAGAAAAUGUGGCAAGAACUUUGCUGUGAGAGGAGAUUGGAGAACCCAUGAGAAGAACUGUGGGAAGCUUUGGUACUGCAUAUGUGGCUCUGAUUUCAAGCACAAGAGGUCUCUUAAAGAUCAUAUUAAGGCUUUUGGGCAUGGUCAUGCUGCUUAUGGCAUCAAUGGCUUUGAAGAAGAAGACGAACCCGCAUCCGAAAUUGAACAAGAUGAUGAGUCCAUGCAGUGAUCGACAUAGAAGAAUUGGUAUGGAAGUUAAAUAGCUUACUUCAUGAAGGAAUUACAUGGUUAUUAUGGCUUUCUGAGUGAGAAUGGAUUAACAUUAAACAUACUUGGAGAGCUACUCUCUCUUUCUUUUGUUUCUAGUCUUGCUUUUAGAAUGUAGCUAGCUAGGACUCGAAAUACUUUUGCCUUGAAUCAACUUCAUGUAAAUUCAUUUUGCUUUCAGCAUUAUGAUGCUUUCCUUUAGUUGCUCUUUUCUAAGCUGUUUGUGUGUGUGUGUGAUGAGAAAAAUAUGAUGGAUCA